AUGGGGGUUGACGAGGGGGCUCCUGAGGUGGCUCACCCCGGCUCCGUCCCAGACCACUCGGCUGUUUCCCCCUCGAGGCCCCGGGGACAGGGGGCCGGGGGAACUGCAGGGCGCUCAGGCUCCCAUGGCGGGACCCAGGACCAAGCAAUCGGGGAUCAGGAAUCAGAUCUGGAGCCGGCGGCGGAGGGGGAGGGGAUCAGAGGGGGAGGGGACCAGAAGGGGGCAGGGGGCGGGGAGCGAGCUCCCAGGUGCCGCCUCCCGGCUGUUCCCGCAGCCGCCGCCCCUCCCGCUGCUGCGUCCAUUGUCUGCGGCCCGGCUCUUCCCCGAGUCGCCGCACCCCCAGCCCUGCGCCUAGCCAUGCCCUGCGCCCUCUGGAUCCUGGGAAUCUGCGCCUGGCUUGCAGACCUGGCCAGGAAGACCCGAAAUAACAGCCAUAGUUUCAAGUACCACAGUCUGUGCAAACGGGAUGACCUUCAUCUACCUAUGUCUACCAGGUGCCAGGCACUGGACUGCUCUGGGGAUUCUGUAACCGCACCAGGAAUGCAAAGGAAGAGCAGGACAUCGGGAGACGACAGGAGCCUAGCAUGGCUGCCCUCUGAGAGGCUCCACCCAACAGCUGACUCAGACAGAGGCAGAGACCCACAGCUAAACAGUGGAUGGAGCCUGGGGACUCUUAUGGAAGAACAAGAAGGAUUGCAGGCCCCGGACGGCUUAGGGUCUCCACAGGAAGACCAGCAGUUAACUAACCUGGACUCUUGGGGCUCUCAGAGACUGAAUCACCAAUCACAGAGCACACACAGGCUGGACCUAGGCCUCCCCACACAUAUGUAGCAGAUGUGAAGCUUGGUCUUCAUAUGGGUCCUGAACAACUGGAGUGGGGGCUGACCCAAAAACUGUUGUCUGUAUGUGGGAUAUGUUCUUCUAGCUGGGCUGCCUUGUCUGGCCUCUGUGCCUAGCCUCAAAGAGAACCGAUAUGCCAGGGUAAGGGGGAUACCCAGGAGGACCCCCACCUGCUCAGAGGAGAAGGGGAGAGGAAGGUGGGAGAAUGAUUGUGGGAGGGGUGACUGGGAGGGGGCAGUGAGUGGAAUGCAAAUUGAAUAAGUAAAAUAAGAAAUAAUAAUUUUAAAAAAAAAUAAAACCCCAGACUAGAAAGAUGGCUUGGUAGUUAAGAGACUGCCCUUCUGGAGUUGGGGAUUUAGCUCAGUGGUAGAGUGCUUACCUAGCAAGCGCAAGGCCCUGGGUUUGGUCCCCAGCUCCGGAAAAAAAAGAAAAGAGAGAGAGAAAAAAAAAAGAGAGAGACUGCUCUUCCUGAGGUCCUGAGUUCAAUUCCCAGCAACCGCAUGGUGGCUCACAACCAUCUGUAAUGGGAUGCAAUGUCCUCUUCUGGUGUGUCUAAGGGGAGCAGCAGUGUGCUCA